UGUUGGAGCAGACAGCUUCGCGUGUAGCGGAACGACAAAAAAGGAUUUUUCCGUCACAGUCUCAUUUGUUGAACUGAACUGGAAAGUAAGGCAGCAAGCUGGUUUCCAAAUCUGUGUCUAAAACUCAUGGUCUGUUGUCGUGUGUGUCGGUUAACUUAAAAACGAAAGUUGUGGUGGUAGACAUACCCAAAUUGUUGUUGCUGUAUGAACGUUUACUUGCAGCUUUAGCUGCGCUUCAAAUUUGUGUAUCUUCACCAACACUUCGUACAUUCGAAAACAUUAAAUAGAGCAGGAGACCAUCACUACAAUUUUUUGUGUUAUUUGUUUCCUUGAUAUCUCAAAAGGAUCGUCGAUGAGAAGUAGUGACGAAUCUCACUGACAAAAAUCAGUAUUUUAUUUUGACCAACUUUUGAUAACAGUUAAUUUUUAUGUCAGGAAUGUGUCGACACACAGGGAUCCUCGUUUGCUUUGCUUGCUUGUUCCUGUCUGCCCAUUCCUCAUCACAUAUUCAAGAUAAAAAUGAAGAAGUGUGCAGUACCACAAAGCUUUUUGAAAUUCACAGCAGCAAUGGUUCUUUAUCAUUGGAAGGACUUGAUAAAAUUUUGAAAUCUGUCAGAAGUUUUUGUUCGUCACAUUGGAAAGAAAAAGAAGAUACUUCUCAUCAUGUUCAUACUGUUUCAGAAGUUGCACCAGGCAUAGACUCUGAAAAGCCUGUUGCAAAAACUGAAUCAUCAGAAUCAUCUACUAAAAAUGCCUGGCUUUAUGCUGGUGUGAGUGUCCUGUUCAUAUCUACUUGUGGUCUGGCUGCUGUAGCAGUAAUCAAAAUUCUCCCUCAGUGGUUGUUUCAACCUGCAAUACAGUAUCUAGUCGCAUUGGCGGUUGGCACACUAACUGGUGACGCCAUACUACAUCUGAUCCCUCAUGUAAGUCUCUUAACAUGUGAAAAUUUCAAAAAGUUUCAUUUAUCAUCUCAUUACAAGCAGGCGUUUACAGCUGUUCAUCAUUCGAGAAGUGUAAUAGAAUCUCAAAAAAAUGCAACAUUUGAAUCCCACAAUGAACAUUCUGAGUUACACGAGGACCAUCAUAGCGACGAGCAUGGGCAUGACUCGAUUGUCGUAUGGAGAGGAGUUGUUAUCCUUACUGUAUUGGUCGUAUUUUUUAUUGUUGAGCGGUUGUUGAACAUUUUUGGCGAAUGGCGGCAGCGACUGCAAUCGACAAAACAGGUCGAUAAAGUUGUGCAUUUGCUGUCUGGAUCAAGCAAAAUGGUGGGUGAAAAACUAUGUCGUCAUCAUCGGCAUAGCCACCAAGGUCAUAAGAAUCAUCAGCAUCAAGAUAGUGCAACGAGUACGGGUGAAGGAGACCAGCAUUUGCUUGAGCCAAGAAUUAGUGAUGCAACGCAUGGGGAACCUGACGCAGAUCUUCUAGUCAGCUGCGUUAAGGAAGUAACAUUUCUUAAUAAUGGAGAAGAAGACUGCGCAAACAAAGUGGCAGCUGACGAAUGCUCCGGACCAAAAGAUCAGCAAAAUGGCUGCUCCGAAUGGCAGGGUCUUGUGGUUGGAAAACCACUAAUUUAUUGUGCUUCUCACGAAAUUUGUGAUGGCAGUGACUCCGCCGCUUCCGCUCCUGAAAGUCAACGAUUACCAGAAUCGUGUCAGUCUGAGCAUUUAUUAAGUGUUAAAACUAAAGGAUCUAACGGCUCAUUAGCGCGACCAGUAGAGGAAACAACGGCCGCUCGACAGGCCGAUUCGCUCACUGUAUUCAUUUCUGAGCACCACACGUCGCAUCACGGGCACUCGCACUCUCAUGGACACAUUCACGCCCGUCCUGAUGGCGUCGCUUCGCUUGCGUGGCUUGUACUUGCAGGAGAUGGAAUGCAUAACUUAUCGGACGGUUUAGCCAUCGGAGCUGCUUUUGCAGCUUCCAUUACUGGAGGUUUUACUACAGCGAUCGCCGUUUUGUGCCACGAACUUCCUCAUGAACUUGGGGAUUUCGCUGUACUGUUAAAAGCUGGAAUGACGAUCAAGCAAGCCAUGAUUUGUAAUUUGAUUUCCUCCUUCCUCUGCCUACUGGGAGUGCUGGUAGGACUUGCUAUAGGAUCAGCGCACAAUACAGCUCCCUGGAUAUUCGCUGCCACCGGAGGCAUGUUUCUUUAUAUCGCACUCGUCGAUAUGAUGCCAGAAUUGAACGGACAUUCUGGGAAACAUCGUUCGGCUCUAUUGCAGUUAUUACUUCAACUUUUUGGCCUUCUAAGUGGUUUUGCAAUUAUGUUAACCAUAGCUCUAUAUGAGCACGAGCUCAGCGAGGUCUUACAAUCUCUUCUUUGAACGUGCGUUAAAAAUAAUGGGGAGAACCGAUUUGGUUGUAACAUACGCUUUUUCAGAUGCCAUGUGUCUUGUAAUGAGACGGGAAGGAAUGAGGCUGUAUUCAAGUAAUUGUGUUCGCUAUGACAUGUGUAAUAUGCGCGUUAUUUGACAAGGAA